CAUCCUGCCAACACAUCUCACACUCGCAGCAACAACUCUGCACAAGCAACCAUUGGCACCCACCUCCAAGCAUGCGUCCUCUCCCACGUUGAUGCAAAGUUGGGUUUAAGUCUGCUCCUUCUUCUUUUUGUUGUUGUUGUGUAACCCGGACCGAACCGCAGGUUGUGUCGCUCCGGCCGGACUAUUAUGUUAUUAUGUUGUGUUCAUGUUUGAGCGCACGGCGGUGGCACAUCCGGAAUGGAGAAGCCAUAGGCAGAGACACAACAUGGACCUGAAAGGGACAACAUUUGGAAGGUUCAUGAAUUGCAGAGUGCCGACCAAUAAGAGAUACCAGCCGACUGAGUAUGAACAUGCUGCUAACUGUGCCACACAUGCGUUUUUGAUCCUGCCGAGCCUCGUGGGCGGAUCUGUGCUGUACUUCCUGUCUGUGGACCAAUGGCAUUGUGUCACCGCCUGGCUGUAUGGAAGCGGACUCACUGGCCUGUUUGUCACCUCAACGCUCUUCCACGCGGUCGCCUGGAAAAUCAGCCACCUCAGGAAGGUGGAGCAGCGUUUCCACAUGUGUGACCGCAUGGCCAUCUACUUCUUCAUCGCCGCCUCCUACUCUCCCUGGUUGAUGCUGAGGGAAUUGGGCCCUUGGGCGUGUCACAUGCGCUGGCUAAUCUGGGUCAUGGCUUGUGUGGGGUCCCUCUACGUCUUCAUCUUCCAUGAGAGGUACAAGCUGGUGGAGUUGCUGGGAUAUGUAGCCAUGGGAGCUGUUCCUGCUCUGGUCAUCCUGUCGAUGGUGGACCAUGCAGGCGUGUGUGAACUCGCCAUGGGAGGAGUCUUCUAUGCAGUGGGUGUGGUCUUCUUCAAGAGCGACGGCCUGGUCCCGUUCGCCCACGCCAUUUGGCAUCUUUUCGUGGUGGCCGGCGCAGGCAUUCACUAUUACGCCAUCUGGAGGUACCUCUACUUGCCCAGGCCUCUCCUAGAGACCUCCAGGUGACGAUGACGGGAGU